AGGUUUUACACUUAUUUGGGUUGGCAUUUCCAUGUGAAAUCUUAAAGUAUAUGAUUUCUUUUGCUUCUUUUUCUCAUAGAGUGAAGUGAAUACCAAAAUUUAAUAGCUUGAAGAGUAUUAAAUGCACUUUGGGGUUGAUGCCAGGCUUUCUUUGAAGUCAACCAGCCAGAAAAAGAGCUUUGUCUUUCAUGGAAAAUCUUUUUUAAAAAAACAACUUUUUUCUGCUCUUCUCCUUUUCUUUUCCUCUCUUUACAGUUUUGCCAUGAAUGGGAUUAAUUGACAGUUUCAAUCUAGGCUAAUGAUCUGUAAAUCUCAUUUAAUUUUCUUCAAUAUGGGUAGAUUUAUUUGGUUCCUCUUUUUGAAUUCUCAUCUCUGUCACCAUUAAUUUCCACCUUACACAAAAACCUUUCUUUCAAGUCUCUCUCUCUCUUUCUCUCUUGCCCCAAUUUGACUUUGCAGGUUCCUCUUAAACCAAAAUAGAAUUAGAUAUGAACCCAUUACAGUCUCCAUCAAAAAGGUCAUGUUUUUUCUAUUUUCCAUUUCAAUUACAAUCCACAUUGGAUAAUUUUGCUUGAUUAGCUUUUCCUUUCUUCUAUUCUGGGUUUCUCCAUUUUUUGCUUGGAUUUGUCUUUAGUGCCUUUUUCAUCUUUCUUCAAAAUCUCCAAAUGGGGUUCCAUUAAAAAGAGGAUUGAAGCUAAAAAGAUUCAAUCUUUGGUGAAAAACAUGUCUAGAAUUCUGCUCCAAAGUGAAGUUAGGCCCUUUCUUUCUCCCACAGAACAAUCUUACUACUUUUCUCAGCCACCUCCACCUUUGAACACUCAACCAGAUUUCAACUUCAACAGCAAAGUCAGUCCAAGUAUACUGCUCAUCAUUGUAAUCUUAGCCAUAAUCUUCUUUGUCUCUGGUUUGCUUCAUCUUCUGGUCAGGUUCCUUUUGAGACCUCCAAACAGAGAUGCUGAUGAUUUGGAGAGUGUUAGUGCUCUUCAAGGCCAGCUCCAGCAGCUCUUUCAUCUCCAUGAUGCUGGGGUUGAUCAGUCCUUUAUAGACACUUUACCAGUCUUCCAUUACAAAGCCAUUAUUGGAUUGAAAAACCCAUUUGACUGUGCUGUUUGUUUGUGUGAAUUUGAGCCAGAUGACAAGCUUAGAUUGUUGCCGAAAUGCAGCCAUGCUUUUCAUAUGGAGUGUAUAGAUACAUGGCUUCUUUCUCACUCAACUUGCCCUCUCUGCCGAGCGAGUUUGCUCCAAGAUUUCUCUUCAAACACAGGCUGUUCCCCCAUUGUUCUUGUUCUUGAAUCUGGGAGUGAAAGCUCUAGAGAGAUAGUCACAGACAGAGAGGUCUCCUCAGUUUCUAUUUCAGCUAGCGGGAGAAGCAGUUUAGGUGUUCGACAAAAUGCCCAAAUGAGUUUUCGCGAAGAAGACGAGUUCGGACCAAACGACAUCGAUUCAACUCGCAAAUCUACCGAGAUCGCAGCUAAAAACGACGAUAACCCGACGGUGGGGAUCGAUUCAGGGGAAAAAGUUGUUACUGUGAAGCUGGGAAAGUUCAGAAACGUCGACGGCGGCGAAGGAACUAGUGACAGUGCUACUAACGCCAUUGCCGGCGACGCCGAAACUAGGAGGUGUUUCUCUAUGGGGUCAUUCGCUUACGUAAUGGACGAGACUUCUUCUCUCCAAGUACCCAUCAGGACACCAUUGAAGAAACAGUCAAGCAAAAAGCCAAAUCUGCCAUUGAAGCCGGGACACAGAGCAGCGAUAUCGGAAUGCGAUUGCGAUUCCCGAAGAGAAUUCGAGUUCAACGGAGUGGAAGAGGGUCGAAACUUGAGUAACUCUCAAAUGGGUUCUCGUAACAUAGUUCAGAGCAAGAGAAGAGAGAGUUUCUCGAUAUCAAAGAUCUGGCUUCGCUCAGGGAAGAAGGAGAAUCAGAAUGGAGCUGUUGGUUCAUCAUCUAGAAGAGCUUUCUCAUUCCGGUUUCCGAUUCCGAGGAAUAAUAACGGAAACGGUAACGGAAUAGUUUCAGAGGAGGAUUCGAAGACCAAGAAUGGGAAUGCUUUUCCGAGAAGAACAGUUUCAGAGAUUGAUGUUGGGAGAUGGGAAAAUGGAAGAAGCGAACUGGGUUUCGAAGAAGAAAAUCAGAGCUGUAAUAGUUUGGAUUCGCAGUCGAAUCCACCAUCUUUUGCUAGAAGGACUCUUCUUUGGCUUAUGGGGAGACAAAACAAGGUUGUUCAUUCAUCUUUUGAUCCUAAUCUUUGAUUUUUUUUUCUUUUCUAAAUUUAAAUAUAGUUAUUCUAUUUUCAACACACAAUUUUUAGAUCGUGUUAUGUAACAUCCAAGAAAAAAAAAAGAAUGAACAAAAAUUGAAAGGAAAAAAGAGAAGAAAGAGUAGGAAAGAUAUUGUUCAUUUUAUUGCAAAAUGUUUGUGUGGAAAUAUAGAUUUAUUCUUUUUACAUUCUGUUGCCCAAUAAAGUUAUUAGGAUUGUGUAUGUUAUUUAUUUAUUUUUUGAUAGAAAAUUUGUUGUUAUUGUUUAGUUAGAUAA